GCGGCUUUUCAGCAGGAAGCUUUACACCAGAAAUGACUGUAUUUGUGGGUGCAACAGGAAGAAUGCCCUUUUCUGCUUUCCUUGCAUACUUUUCGGCGGUAGGUGUUACAGAUUUAGUGCCCCAGAGUGAAAAAAUUAAGAAGCUUGAAAACUCUAAAACACAUUUCAUAAUUCGAUGGAAUUGGCUUUAUUGGGGAUUGUUAACAUCAGAACUGUUAGAUUCAGAUAUUUGAGAAAUACACAACAGCAUAAUGAUACCGUUACAAAAAA